AUGGGAAUUCUAUGCAAGGUGGUUGACACGGUGCUGUUGGUGGUGUUCGUGGUGAUGUUGUUAGCGGGACCUUUAAUUGAUGCGCAGUUGGUUUUGCCAGUGACCACCUUCCCUGACGUGCUCAUCCGUCUGAAGCAAAGCUACGCCGAAGAGUACCAAGAUUAUUUGAGGCUGGAGAAGCCUCAUUUCUUCGUUGCACUGGUCUGGCUGGAGCUUGUUUUCCAAUGGCCUCUCGUUUUACUUAACAUUUAUGGAAUUUUGGCAUCCAAGCCAUGGCUCAACACCACUUGCCUCAUCUACGGGGCCUCUGUUAUAACCGCCAUGGCUGCUUUAUUAGGGGAGCUGCUGGGAUCUCCGAAGGCAACGGAUAAACUGUUGAAGGUGUACUGUCCUUUCAUGGGGGUUGGUGUUUUAGCAUUGCUGCGAGGGCUGGUUCCACAAUCUGUCCAGGAUCCAACCAUUGGCAAAAGAACUGCACUGGCUAGGAAAAAGUGGGAUUGAGUUGAACAUACAAAAUCAUCUUCUCGAAUUUUUGUAAUCCUUUCUCAUCAUAUUUAGAAUGCUUUUGUUUCACUUUUAUAUGAUUAUUUCCUGAUUAUGAGUU